AUGGUGGCUGCAGGCCUGCAGAUGCUGGGAGUGGGUCUGUGUGUGCUGGGCUGGUUAGGGGCCAUUGUGUCCUGUGCCCUGCCAUUGUGGCGUGUAACUGCCUUUGUUGGGAACAACAUUGUAACAGCUCAGGUGAUGUGGGAAGGCCUGUGGAUGAGCUGUGUGGUGCAGAGCACAGGGCAGAUGCAGUGCAAGGUCUACGACUCCAUGCUGGCCCUGUCGCGGGAUCUCCAGGCCUCUCGCGCCCUUAUUGUCGUCAGCAUCCUCCUCGCCACCAUCGGUCUGCUGGCGAGCAUUGUUGGUGGGAAGUGCACCAACUGCAUCAUCCGCGACUUCUACAGCCCUCUGGUGGUGCAGGCCCAGAAGCGGGAGCUUGGUGCUGCCAUUUUCAUUGGCUGGGGCUCAGCUGCCCUGCUGCUGAUUGGAGGGGGAUUCCUGUGUAGCUCCUGUCCCAGAAAGGAAGAGGGUGACAUGGGCCGCUACAAGCUGACCGCCAGCCGAAGUGAGCGCACAGGCUACGUUUGA